GAUCUUGCUAUUUCUGCUCGUCGAAUUGUUUGAUUUUUGGAGUCGUUAAAAGUGAAGAAAAGAUGGGAAAUUUGUUCGUGAAGAAACCACAGAUCACGGAGGUUGAUCGAGCGAUUCUCUCUCUCAAAACCCAAAGACGCAAGCUUGGUCAAUAUCAGCAGAAGCUUGAGAAAGUAAUUGAAGCCGAAAAGCAAGCUGCAAGAGACUUAAUCCGCGAAAAGCGAAAGGACAGAGCUUUGUUAGCAUUGAGGAAGAAACGAACUCAAGAAGAGUUAUUGAAGCAAGUUGAUCAGUGGGUCAUCAAUGUUGAACAACAAUUAGCAGAUAUUGAACUUACGAGCAAACAAAAGGCUGUGUUUGAGAGCUUAAAGCAGGGUAAUAGUGCUAUUAAAGCCAUUCAAAGCGAGUUGGACCUUGAUGAUGUUCAAAAACUUAUGGAUGAUACUGCUGAUGCUAAAGCUUAUCAAGAUGAGCUGAAUGCUAUACUGGGAGAGAAACUAUCAGCAGAGGAUGAAGAAGAUGUAUUAGCAGAAUUUGACAACCUAGAAAGUCAGCUUAUUGUUGCUGAGAUGCCUGAAGUGCCUACGAAGGAGUCCGAAGAAUCUGACAAGCUGGAUCUUCCGGAUGUGCCAACAAAAACUCCCGUCGCAUCCAAUGCAGAAAUCACACCAGCUGAAUCCAUCACAAAAACAAAAGUUCUGGAAGAACCUUUGCCGGCUUGAGCUAGAAGAAACUGAUCAACAAGACGAUUUUAUCAUUCUUUUAGCACUUUUUUUCUUUCUUUAUUGCUCUUGAAGUAUCAUGUAUAAUCUUGAAGUUACUGUCAAACUUGUAUAUUUGGAAUCCUAUUUUUGUGUUAGUCGAAAGUCAACAUUCACUAACUACUCUUUGGUUCAAUGAUCUCGAGCAGUAAAGUAUUUAGGUUUUC